AUGGGUGCAAAAUCUAUUAUUGCACUAACUUUGUUAUGUUAUUUGAUGGGGAUGAUGAUGUGUGUGUUAGCUGCGCAUGAUUACGGGGACGCACUGGCUAAGAGUAUAUUGUACUUUGAAGGCCAGAGAUCAGGCAAGUUACCCUUUCAACAACGCCUGACCUGGAGAAAAGACUCCGCUCUCAAAGAUGGCUCUGACGUUGGUAUGGAUCUUGUAGGGGGCUACUAUGAUGCUGGGGACAACGUCAAGUUUCACUUUCCCAUGGCAUUCACAACGACUAUGUUGGCUUGGAGUGUGAUUGAAUUCGGCCAAUCUAUGGGCCCGGACCAGAUCAACCACGCCUUGGACGCCGUCUCGUGGGGCUCAACUUACUUGUAUAAGUCCACUGCUAAUGUACCCUAUAAAAUUGCAGCCCAGGUUGGUGAUCCCUAUAAGGACCAUAACUGUUGGGAGAGGCCGGAAGAUAUGGACACUUCAAGAGUUACUUAUGUUAUUAAUCAAACACACCCUGGAUCGGAGCUUGCCGGCGAGAUGGCGGCGGCACUAGCCGCCUCUUCCAUGGCUUUCAAGUCUAGUAAUCCUAAAUAUUCUUAUGUUUUAAUUAAGAGAGCUGCUCAGGUCUUCGAUUUCGCUGAUAAGUAUCGAGGAUCUUAUAAUACUAGUGUUGGACAAGGGGCGUGCCCAUUUUAUUGCGAUUACAAUGGCUAUGAGGAUGAAUUGAUAUGGGGAGCAGCAUGGUUAUACAAAGCGACUGGUUCGCAAUACUAUUGGAAUUAUGUUCAAAAUGCCUUGCCGAAUGUUUUCUUAAGCUCUGGUCAAUUUGGAUGGGACGCGAAAGAUGCUGGCAUUAAUGUUCUUCUUUCCAAUCUUGCGAGGCCAUCCCAAAAGGUUCUGACCGAAGCGGACAAAUUUGUGUGUUCUUUGUUGCCUGAAUCUCCUACGAAAUCAGUCGUGUUUUCCAAAGGUGGUCUUUAUUUCCAACCUGGAUCGCAAGGCUACUUCAACUUGCAACGUAUAACAAGCCACUCCUUUCUUAUAGUUGUUUAUUCGCGGUAUAUGCAAGACGCCCAUAGAUCUGUAAAUUGCGGUGGUAAGGUUGUCGGACCAUCUCGGCUUGUGGAAUUCGCAAGAUCUCAGGUGGAUUAUAUAUUGGGAAGCAAUCCACUGGGUAUGUCAUACAUGGUUGGAUACGGCAAUAAGUUUCCACGAAGAAUACACCAUCGUGGCUCAAGCUUGCCUUCAAUUGUUAAUCACCCACAACACAUUGUAUGUAAAGCUGGAACACCAUAUUUUCAGUCUAAGAACCCAAACCCUAAUAUACUUACUGGAGCUAUUGUUGGAGGACCUGAUAUGAACGAUCAGUAUGCUGAUGAUCGAACCAAUGCCGGUCAAUCUGAGCCGAGCACGUACUAUGUUGCUCCAUUUGUAGGUGUCUUAGCUUUCUUCAAAGGUCUAAAAGGAUAA